AAAUAACGGGCUGUGCUCGGAGCUCUGGCAAGAUCCAGACCUCCGUUACCGGUCUGAACCUUUUCUCUUUGCUGUUCAAAGGGUUAUUUGAACUUAUUUCACUAAGAUCUAAUGUGAAAUGACGUGUGGGCUGACUGCUGCUGCUCUGAGGUUUAAACAUAAGUGAAAGAGAAACCAGCUGAGGAGACAGUUCUGUUCGCGAUGACCCUGGACGUGAACGUGGUGUGUACGAGGUCUGCUGCUUGUGCCCUUUUUUCUCUCUCAGCACUGGGAUGGCGCCAAGGAUGGAUGAUGUGGUCCGCCUGUGCUGUGAGAUCUCCGCCCAUGGUCAGAUGAAGGUGGCUGUGAAGAACUCCACCAAAGGAGCGAUGGUGGCUGGGGGCACCGCCUUCGUAGGCGGGCUGCUGGGUGGGCCUGCAGGCAUUGCUGUUGGUGGAGCCGUGGGCGGCCUGCUGGGGGCCUGGAUGACCAGCGGUCAGUUCAGGCCUUUGCCACAGAUCCUGAUGGAGUUGCCUGUUGACCAGAAACAGAAGCUCUAUGAUGACGUGGCUCGUGUGCUCGACAGCCUGGACUGGAUGGAUGCGGCCCAGCUCAUAGCCCUGGUGAUGGGCAACGCCACGCUGCAGCAGCAGGUCACCUGUGCCCUGCUUAAUUACGUCACACAGGAACUCAGAGCUGAGGUGCGUUACCAUGACUGAGUCAUGGUUCUACAUGGACUCGGCUGGGCCUUUAGACUCAACACAAGAAGUUGCAUAUUUAUCUCAGCGCACAUUUUCUACAGGAAAAAUGUUUUUUUUUUUAUGGGUAAAUUCAUCACAAUGUGGACAAGAUCAUCCCUCAGGAAUGCGUUAUUCCUAUAAGACUCCCCGUCUCCACAGCAGGAUGUUUUAUGGUAAUUGGGGUGUCUUGACUGUUUAUGCAUUCUUAAAUGUUAUUUUAAAAUAAUGUUUACAUGUAUGAUAAAAGUCCAGGACCCAGAGCGCUCCACCCACUAGAGGGCAGUAAAAUCAACAUUAGUUUUUAAAGAAACAGCUGCUCAUUCUGCUUUUGUUUUCAGGCUUUUUUGUUUGUAAAACAUAUCACUGCAUAAUAAAACAUUCGUAACUGAA